UCUCCUACCGCAUGUUUUAAUUCAGAUGUAUGUAUAUCAAAACGGAAUAUACAAGUUUCUGCAGUACUAUAAAAUGAACACAUAUGAAUCGAGAGAAAAUUCACCUCCGUUGUGGGGCCCUGGCGCACUCAUUUUUAUUUUACAUUUUUCUUCCUCAGGCGCAACAUCCCAUGCUUGUGACAAUCUUUACGGAAAUAAACAAGAAGUUGGCAGUGGCAUAUCGUCAGCGGCCACAUCUUCUGCCUCCUCGUCCUCUUCAUCUUCAAUGACCUCAGCACCGACGACCAGUGGAGACAUGAUGUAUUCCACAACGGCUCAACUGUCUAUCACCGCAAGACAAUCGCCCGAGCAAAAGCAGCAAGAACAGCAGCAGGAUAUUAUAUUGUCGAUGGCUGAGAAGAGUGAAGAUUUAUUUCAUCAUGUGCAACAUGAUUGGAAUUUCGGCGGCAUAAAAUUGGAACAGUCCACAGAAGCAGCGUCAAGUAGUUUUAACGGUGUGAUUCAAACGCAUCAAGGCGUUAUAAAAGUAAAAAAUUUAAAUACGAUUUCAGUUGGAGAUGUGGCUAUGCCAAGCGUGGAAGCAACUCAAACUGAAGAAGUCGUAGAUUGUAUAGGUGUAGAGGGGGGUGAUGAUGCAGCGGCGAUUGUUAAUUGCGGAGCUGUGAAUGCCGGCGUUGAUGUUGACGUUGGCGAGGGCGAUGGAGACGAUAAUGACGUUAUCGGGGUGGAGGCUGAUGAAGAUGACGAUGACGAGGCGGAGGAGGAGGAUGAGGAAGACGAUGAUGACCCGGAUGAUAGUGAUGCUGUACGUGAUAUAGUUGACGAAUUACAACAACAGCAUCGCCAACUACUCAAAGAGCAGCAACAACAGCUACAGCAGCAACAGCAACUUGAGCAACAACAGGAAUUGCAAGAACCCGAAAAUCCAGUGCAGCGUGGCCAUUUAACUUACGAGCAAGGUGACUAUGAGUUGAGCUCAGAUUUGAUAAGUGACGUUCAAAUGGCGGCUAACGAAAUGGAAGUGUCCAGUACCGUAAUAACCAAUAGCAAUUCGGAUGACAGCGUUAAUGAAAUGAAUAUGGGCUGUAGCAGCAGUCGCCCUGAUAGUGGCGUCAGCGGUGGCAAUCUCACCAUACAGUUGAAUACACCGUCGCCAGCACCGACCAUUGGCCAUUUACAUCAGCAGCAAGUGCAACAGCCGCAGCAGCAACCACCACAGCAAACUUCAUCGGAGCGGCAAAAUACGCCCCAGCGACAAAUACUCGUCGAUACGAAUGGCCAAAUUAUAGGCAAUUUCCUCGUUCAGCACCAACAACAACAGCAGCAUCAUCAACCGCAACAACAACACUUAGAACACCAACAGCAACUUUUGCAUCAUGCAGCACAGCAAUUUACCUUUCCGGCAGCACAACCUCAAGCCCAACAACAACAACAACAACAGCAACAACAGGUCCAAACUAUAGCACUGUCGACACAACAACAUCUGCAGCAGCAGCAGCAGCAGCAGCAACAACAACAACAACAACAACAGCAACAACAACAACAUGCACAUAAGUCUCAUCAUGCUCUGUCGACAUUACGUAAAGCCAUAGAGUUGAGCACGAACGGUCAGCACUACCUAACGCCAGGCGCCAUAGCGGCUCAGCAGCAUAUUGGCCAACAAUUGGUGCUGCAGCAGCAGCAAGCGCCGCAACAGAGACACUUUCUGACACAGUCACAGGUUCCUACAGUGUCCGCGGCUGCUAAUUGCAAUAUGGUUUCUGCUAGUCCAACUCAGCAGCAGCAUCACAUUCAAGUGCAACAACAACUUCAGCGCUUUCAGCAGCAGCAGCAGCAUCAGCAGCAACAACAACAACAGCAACAGCAUAUGCCCGCCUUUCAAUCAUUGGCCACUCAAGCGCAAUCAAACGCUGCAAAAUAUAUUUCAAAGCAAAUGAACCUUAUUACAAUGUCUCGUGGCACAGCAGCAGCAGCAGGAACAGUUGCCGGCACAAAUGCAAGCAUCGCCUCGGUAACUAUACCGUCAGGUGCAUCUGUGAGUACCUACCCACCUUUUAGUAGCGCCAUCGCUAGUUCAGCGCGUUCAGCUGAGCUUAUAGUGAAUGCUGCCUCCAAUAUCGGUAAUGUAAGUACAUCGAAUGUCAGCAUUGCCAGUGCCAUGAAAGGUCUAACACAAGCCGGCAUCCCGACCACAAUAGCCCAGCAGCGGCCAACAAGUAAAUUAGCAACCGGCAAAGGGCGUAAAACGGUAAAUAAAUUGCCACCCGGUGCAGUUAAUUUAGAGCGUAGCUAUCAGAUCUGCCAAGCAGUUAUCCAAAACAGUCCAAAUCGCGAAAAUUUGAAGGCGCAGUUGCGACCACCGUCGGCAAUUUUGAAUCAACAGCUGCAGCAUCAACCUCCGCAGCAACAACAACAGCAGCAGCUGCCACAAAGUAACGUUUCUACGGCUUUAACAUUGCCAUGCACAGGAGCCGGAGUAGCCGCGCCGGCAGCAACACAAUCAACUGCCGCCAUAUCUGUAGCAAGUUCGGCACAUCAAGCGCCCGCAUCAAGCGCCUCUUCAUCGCAGAGUUUUAUCAAACAAGAGGACCUGACAAGCAUUCCCGCAAAUAUAAUGGGCGUUGGACGUCCUGGCGUAUAUAAGGUUAUUGGUCCGCGAAUGGGAUUUCCACGUAAGAAGUAUGUUCAACGAAAACCUUCACCCACGCUUAUAAGACAUUUUUUCACACCACAAACGGCCAACGCACUACAUACUAAUGUUGCGGCAAAUCCGCGAUUGCAUCAGCAAUUAACGGUAGCAGCAGCUGCAGCGGCAGCUCAACAACAACAUCACCAGCAACACGAUUUGCAUCAAAAUGGAAAUGGUGGUGGUCAAUAUGUGUUGGUGCAUCGAGCAAAUGUAGGCGCAGCUGAUAAUCAGGCACCGCGGGCAUCUAGCGCACCGCCGGUACCACAAACAACACAGAGUCAACUGCACAAUAUGAAUGGAAUACCGAUAACAGGACGCGGGCGUCCUGCUUCCGUCGAUAUUGAUGCUUCAAAUGCAAUGCUUGACCAUAAUGCGCAUCAACAACACCAACAGCAACAGCAUCUUCAUCAUCAAAUAAAUGCUAUUAAAUCGAAUGCCUCUACAACGAUGAGACGCAAUUUUACAUCAGGCAACGUUGCGUAUAUAGAUAAUCUAAGUGGUGCGACAACUUUGGCCGAUGGCAAUUAUAUAGUUACAGCAACAAACGCUGGAUCGCUGGAUGCCGAACAAUUGGUAAGCAAGGCCGUUACCGUAGCCGCUGCCGCUGCUGCCGCCGCUGCUGCAGCUGGUGGUGGAGGCGGCGGUGUAGGUGGUGGCAGUGGGAGUUUCACCCGAACACCAGAAGCGGACAAUUGUGCCUGCUCGUUAAACGCAAUGGUUAUUUGCCAACAAUGUGGCGCAUUCUGUCAUGACGAUUGUAUGAGUGCAUCGAAGGUGUGUGUCUCUUGUGUGAUCAGAUGAGAGGAUGAAGUCUCUGUAAUAACCUUUUAGGCCUUGCGCACAUUGAGUAGAAGUUAUUGUGGUUCUGCACUAAA